AUUAGAAAUAGUACAUAGAAGGGAAGUCUUGAUUUAGUCUCAAUGGAUUCUGGGAGUUUAAGUUUGAAUUUUGACAGUUGGAGUUUGAAUAGUGUUGCUCAUUUGAACAUUCCGUCAACGUAAAUCUAUGGGAUUUUUUAUGAUUUUUAAUAUUUAAUUUUAUGAAAACUACAAGUCGGAUCAGUUAGAAAAGAUAUAGCAACCCGAGUCAGAUCAGUCUGAAGAUCUGGGCUGAGUUUGGUGGUUCUAGCUUGAAAACUUUAGGAGGAGAAGCUAAGAAGAAGAAGAAGAAAAAGCUUAAGUAGCAGAUCAGUAGGUUGGCUUUCUCAGUUGUACAGUAUUACACUGGUUGAAAUAAUAAUGCUACACCUUAUUAACUGUAUAACUGUUAUUAAUACAGCUAUUCAUUCAGCAGCAUUAUUAGGCUAUGUCAACACCAGUACAUUUGAACAGAAACGAAACGGUGAUUUCGGGCAUUUUUUAAAUGUUUUAAAACAGGAGCAGAAAGUUUGUCUACGGUGUGCGGAGCUUUUUGGCGGAGCUUAAAACAUGAAAUGCAACUGGAAGGAAUAUUAUCGGUCCGUUUUUAAAGAAGAGCUCUCGUCAUGUAUUAAAGAUUUGGAGAAGGAAUCGCAGAGUAUGAGGACAAGCGCAAUGCAACUUGCGGCGGCGCGUGAGGAGAACCAAAGUGUGACCAGAAAAUUGAAAGCUCAAGAAAAGGAGUUGCAGAUGAGGCGGGAGCACUUAAACAAAAGAGCAGAAAAUGUUAAAAAAGACCAAGAAAAACUCAGGCAGUUCAAAUUAGAAAACGAAGAGACAUUGAAAAAAAAUGAGGCCAGACGGUUAUGUGCCAUAGAACGAAUAAAGGAAAAUAAAGCUAAAAUCAAAGUGACGGAAGAGGAUAUUAAGAAGCUAAAGGAACGGUAUGAAGCCCUGCUGGCACGAAAAGAGCUGCUGGAGCUACAGGUCAAACAACACCAGGAGAGCACGGCAAAGAUGCCUGGAAAGAUUGAGGACACUGGUCGAGACAGUGACUGUGGUGGCAUGCAGUCCAUCAGAGAGGAAAUUCUGGAAAAAUGGGAUAAUGAAGAGAAAGAGGCAGAAAGCAAAAAGCUGGAAGUGCUGAAGGACAUAAAUGAACUCCGGAUUCUUCUCCUGCACUAUACCAACAAACUGCAGCAGCAACAGAGAGAGCUCGAGAACUUAUGCUCUGAAACACGUGAAUGGGAAAUUAAACGGGACGAAUUGCGUUCUGCAACAGAAAGAGAGGCGCUCCAGUGUGCUCAAAUAAAGGCUAGGAUUCAUUCAAUUUAUGAACUAAUCGCACCCUACUGGAGAGUCUCAGUGAAUAUUAAGGACCCCUAUAGGCAGCUGGAACUGAUUAAAAAACAUUUUCUGCUUAUGCGAGCUGUUGAUGACGAGCAAAUGUGCAACGUUUUGUCAACUGAAAAUCAAACUGAAGCGGAGUCAAUUGGACAGCGGAGAUUUAUAUCCAAGCUGUGAGGAUGAAUAUGCGUGCCAUGCCGCUGUUUUCAGUAAACUAAAUAAAACUAAAUAACUAAAAAAAAAUUAUAUGACCACCCGUUUGAUAGUAUUGUACUAUACAUUUUUUUUA